AUGCAUUUUCCUUUAUUUCGGCCGCUGGCGCCGCUGGCCGUGCGGAUUUCGGGCCGCUUUCCACUUGGAGCCGCUGGCGCGCGGCUGGGCUUUUCCACAAACGCCCCCGCGCAGCACGCGGCGGGAUCUGCGCAGAAACACGAGCCCCAGCCGCCCGCAGAAGAGCUAAAAGGGCUUUAUAACAUGCCGCAAGACCAUUCGCACCACGGGGACCCGCGGAAGUUCAUAAACCCCGACGGCACCUACAGCUACCCCAUCACCUCCCAGCUCUUCCACUUCGAAGAUCCUUAUUCGCCAGUCCCCAAGCAGCAGAUCUUGUCCAUAAAUGGAAAGAAAAUGAUAAAAGGAGUCGAAGCGAGGUCGCUGGUUGAGCUCUUCAGCAUCCACCAGGCGACUGAAUAUUCCCUUUUUCCCAAGAAAGCGCAUGAGCGUCUACGGCAAUCACGACUUGCUGAUGAAGGCAGAGUUCCUGUUCUUCUGGACUCCAACUUUCAUCAUUUGGUCCUUAACAAGUGA